AUGGGAAAUCCAUUGUUGGAUAUAUCUGCGGUCGUGGACCAAGAUUUCUUGAACAAAUAUGAUAUCAAGUUGAACAAUGCGAUCCUCGCCGAGGAAAAGCAUUUUCCCAUGUACGAAGAAAUGGCCAAAAACUACAAAGUGGAGUUUAUUGCAGGAGGUGCUACUCAAAACUCAAUCAAAGUGGCUCAGUGGAUGCUUCAGUUUCCUGGUGCAACAAGUUACAUUGGGUGUAUUGGGAAGGACAAGUUUGGGGAGGAAAUGAAGAAAAACUGUAAACUUGCUGGUGUUAAUGUUCGCUAUUAUGAGGAUGAAUCCACACCCACAGGAACUUGUGCUGUCUGUGUCCUUGGAGGUGAAAGAUCACUUGUAGCAAAUCUAUCAGCAGCAAACUGCUAUAAGUCUGACCAUCUCAGGAAACAAGCCAAUUGGGCACUGGUUGAGAAGGCUAAGUACUUCUACAUUGCUGGAUUCUUCCUUACUGUGUCCCCUGACUCCAUCCAACUUGUUGCUGAAUAUGCAGCCGCAACCAACAAGGUGUUCACUAUGAACCUUUCAGCUCCAUUCAUCUGUGAGUUCUUCAGGGAUGCACAAGAGAAAGUCCUUCCGUACGUGGACUUCGUAUUUGGAAACGAAACUGAAGCAAGAACUUUCUCAAAAGUUCAUGGUUGGGAGACGAAGAAUGUGAAAGAAAUAGCUAUCAAGAUAUCGCAAUGGCCUAAGGCAUCAGGAACAUACAAGAGGAUUACUGUCAUAACUCAAGGUGAAGAUCCUGUGGUUGUUGCUGAAGAUGGGAAUGUGAGGACUUUUCCUGUCACUCCAUUGCCAAAAGAGAAGCUAGUCGACACAAAUGGUGCAGGUGAUGCGUUUGUCGGAGGAUUUAUGUCGCAGUUGGUUCAAAAGAAGCCCAUUGAAGAAUGUGUAAGAGCAGGUUGCUAUGCGUCCAAUGUUGUCAUCCAAAGGUCUGGCUGCACAUACCCGGAAAAGCCUGAUUUCGAGUGAAAAACACUUGGAAAUUGGCUUUUCUAAAGUUGAACCACUAUUGUUCUACUAUUUUGUUAUUGUUUUCUUCUAGAUUUGGUGCUUCGAGCACAAUACCAACAAAGUACAAUAAUACACAAUUAUAACUGUCUCCUUUUAAGUAUAUUCAUUUACACAAAUGUGAGGAAGUAUGGUC